GGCAGUUUGGAGGAGGGAGUAAGAAGUUAGGCAGGAGGAGGCACUAUUAAUGGAUCUGUGAACUUGUACGCUAUUUUAGUGUGGUCCUUGGAAGACAGCACAACGUGGAUCUGUACUCUGAAAUGCAGUAAUUUUGAUGUUUGACUUUGUCUUCCUUCUUGGAAGAGAAGAUACUAUUAACUCAGUGUCAAAGCCAAGAUAUAGACUCCAUCUCUUCUCUUCAAAAAGCUUCACGUGGGGACAUGGAAGCCAUCGCCAAGUUUGACUUCACCGCCUCAGGCGAGGACGAACUGAGCUUUCACACUGGAGACGUUCUGAAGAUCUUAAGUAACCAAGAGGAGUGGUUCAAGGCGGAGCUUGGGAGCCAAGAAGGAUAUGUGCCCAAGAAUUUUAUAGACAUCCAGUUUCCUGAAUGGUUUCAUGAAGGUCUCUCACGACACCAGGCAGAGAACCUACUUAUGGGCAAGGAGAUUGGUUUCUUCAUCAUCCGGGCCAGCCAGAGCUCCCCAGGGGACUUCUCCAUCUCCGUCAGGCAUGAAGAUGACGUUCAGCACUUCAAGGUCAUGAGAGACAACAAGGGUAAUUACUUCCUAUGGACAGAGAAGUUUCCAUCUCUAAAUAAGCUGGUGGACUACUACAGGACGACUUCCAUCUCCAAACAGAAGCAGAUCUUUCUGAGGGAUAGAACCCGAGAGGAUCAGGGUCACCGGGGCAACAGCCUGGACCGGAGGCCCCAGGGAGGCCCGCACCUCAGUGGGGCUGUGGGAGAAGAAAUGCGGCCUUCCAUGAUCCGGAAGCUGUCGGACCACCCGGCACCGCCUCCCUCGCAGUACCCCCCGGCACCCCCAGCCCAGCAGCACCGCUAUCUGCAGCACGCCCACUUCCACCAGGACCGCAGAGGAGGCAGCCUUGACAUAAACGAUGGGCACUGUGGCAUGGGCGUGGGCAGCGAAAUGAACGCCGCCCUCAUGCACCGGAGACACACGGACCCUGUGCAGCUCCAAGUGGCCGGGCGAGUGCGGUGGGCCCGGGCGCUCUACGACUUCGAGGCCCUCGAGGACGACGAGCUGGGCUUCCGCUGCGGAGAGGUGGUCGAGGUCCUGGACAGCUCCAACGCGUCGUGGUGGACCGGCCGCCUGCACAACAAACUGGGCCUCUUCCCCGCCAACUACGUGGCACCCAUGAUCCGAUGAGGCCCUUCCCGGGGCGUCAGAGGCUGUCAUCGGAAGCUGCCUGCGGGAGAGGGGCAAGAAAGAGAAGCCGGGACUAUCUACACAUCCGCACACGGGUGCGCGCACACGCACACACCUCUGCCUGUGUGCGCGCGCAUUUUAUAGUAGUAAUUUAUUGGCGAUUUCAUUGGUUACUUAGCUGAUAUGAAAGGAAGUCAGGCGAAGAAUUAGAUUCAUACUUGUUUUUCUGCUCCCCUCAGUGGUGCGUGGAAGGCGGUGGGAAAGCUGGAGGGUGGGGGGCGGGGACAGGAGACUCCCAGUUCUUCCCGUCCUUCAGACGGCCCUGCUUCCUCCUGGCCUUGGCAAUGUUCGCUGAGAGCAGCGGAGCGGAGAUCCACACCCGGGGUUGUCCCGAAACAACAGGGUAGGGCGGGUCGGCGGGCCUGUUUCCGCUUACCUCCCAGCCCUGCUCACCUCCAGGGUUUGCAAGGCAGCUUCCCUCCCAUUCUACAAGGGUGGGCUCAGCUGGGUUGAGAACAAAGGUACGGCCCCACGGGGCUGAGCUGGGA